AUGGCAAUCGAAAGGAGGGACACUAAUUCAGGUGUACAUAAUAUUGGUGCAAUCGGUACAUUUGGGUGCUUUCUAUUAUAUUGUAUUCUUCACACAACACUUAUAAUUUAUCUCUUCAUUCGCCGAUCCCAAGCUUCUGAAUAUUCGACUAUUGUUUUACCUUUAUGGUAUCUUGGAUGCACGAUUAUAUCAAUCAUCUCCUCUAUCACUAUAGCUGUUACAUAUGCAAGUAUUCCGGAAUAUAUUGCCUCUGGAACAUCUUUUCUUUAUUUUCUUGCAUUUGUACCACAAUUCUGGAUGAGAGCAAAAACAGUUCGAAAAACUACUGAUAUUACUUCACAUGUAAAUAAGUCCAAUACGAAUGAAGCCUAA